AUGAACUGUCAAAUGUAUGAAAAACAAAAAAACAUUGUUGAUUUCGUGAUUUUCACUUUGCACGCGAGUUUCGGCGAGAAAAUAAGGGGGCAAUGCUAGUGCAAUCAUUGUGUGGUGUGAAUAACACCCGGUUAAAUUAUAACGCGUUCCGGUUAUUCAUCCGUCAUGGUCAUCGGCUGCGCGGAAAGGCCCCCGGUGUUGCCAGGACACUCGAACAGAGGCUAGCAGAGGAACGGGCAGUUGAUCCUGAGCUGGCACGAAAAGUAAACAUAGGAUUUCCGCAUUUAAAACCGGCCCGAUCAGCUGUACUAAAGGAACGGUUGACUCACCUCAAGGCACAGCGUGCCAACACAGAGCUGGAGAAGGCCUCCCGAACUCAAACUCUAACCAUCGACCCCAACCAAGUUAAGAGUGAUUGGCUCAAAACUAGUGGCCCUUUUCACGUGCGACGGGUAGCAGAGCAUUACGGAAUCUUCGAGCACCUCUUUGGGGCGGCCUAUUUUGUGCCACGUGUUAAUUUGGAUAUUACUUUCUUCAACGGAGAUACUGCGAGUCCAGUUUACUAUGGCAAUGUUUUAAAACCUUCGGAGGCUAGUCAGCAACCGGAGGUUGCGUUUGAUUCGAGCUUUGAUUUUCGAGCAACAUCGGGAAGUCCAGUAAAAACAUCUUCCUCUUUGUGGACGCUUGUUUUAACGAAUCCGGAUGGUCACUUUACUGACAGCAGUGCGGAAUAUUGCCACUGGUUUGUUGCCAAUAUUCCCAAUGGAGACUUGCAGAAGGGUGAUAAGGUUAUUCCUUACCUGCAACCGAUUCCUCCGAAAGGAACGGGCUUCCAUCGGCAUGUGUUUAUUCUGUACAAACAGGAAAAGCGGUUGGAUAUGAGUGAGUUCAAAGUUGAGGAACAAAACAUGGACUUAGCAGCUAGGACUUUCAAAACGUGCGAUUUCUAUCGUAAAUAUCAGGACGAUAUUACCCCAGCGGGGUUGGCAUUUUUCCAGUCUGACUGGGAUAAAAGUUUGAUCGAGUUUUAUCAAAACGUGCUGAAAAUGAAACAUCCGGUAUUUGAGUACGACUUCCCGAAGCCCUUCCUGCGGGAUCAGGAAUGGUUCCCCCUGCGAAAGCCAUUCAACCUGUACAUGGAUAAGUAUCGGGACCCGAAGCAAGUUGCUAAAGAAUAUCUGGCACGAAAACUAGCCCGAACGCAUCCCUUUGAGGGUCCGGAGACGCCGUUGCGUUUUCCAGGGGCGCACCCUGUGCGCAACGUUCCCUCCUGGCUGCGGACAGAAAUCAAACGCGAUCGGCUCGGGUGGGGAAGAAUUAACGAUGUGUAGAGUGGGGAUGAUGAUAGAUUUAGGGUUGCAAACAAAAACAUAGAAAUGAAAAAUAAAGCAUAGCAAGCUAUGACAAUGAAA